AUGAAGGAGCAACUUUAUGCAAAUCCUAAGAAGUGCACCUUCCUUGUUGAACGUGUUAUCUUUUUGUGCUUUAUUAUUUCAGUUCAAGGGGUCUCUGCAGACUCCGAGAAGGUGAAAUCCAUUGUAGAAUGGCCUGUUCCUCAAAACAUUCGAGAAGUCCGCAGUUUCCACGGUUUAACCACCUUUUAUAGAAGAUUCAUUAGAAAUUUUAGCACAAUUGUAUCUCCUAUCACUGACUGUCUCAAGAAAGGUGAUUUUCACUGGACCCGGGCUGCCACCAAAGCCUUCGAAGAUAUUAAGAAAAGAAUGGUGGAAGCCCCAAGUGAAGAGACUUCCUAA